AUGCCGAUAUUAAAUCAAGUUGAGGGGCGAUUCUGGAACAGCAGACGUUCUCGGUCCCUUCCCGACCUUGGAUGCAAUAAUUUGCUGAAAUAUAUCGAACGCCCCAGUCUCCUAUGGGAUGCUAUGGCUGAUGGCUCCCAACCCACACGCUACAAUUCGACUUUCAUCCGUCUGGGAGAAACGCUUUCCAACGUACUACGUACUACCUAUACCAACAUUAGGUACCUUCAACAUGCGUUGCAAAGCGUAGCGACAAAAAUUCGGAGUGACGCCAAAUUAUAUCAUUCUCUAAACAGAAGUUUCUGGGAAACCAGAGCAUCAAAUGUUCAUGAAUGCUGGAUACCCUUCGGGCCGCUGGCGGGCGAGGCAGGGGUCACCGAUUCACCUAUGAUUAGGACUAGCAUGACAAUAACAGAAGUUACUUCGAUACUGAGGCGCCAUUGCUGCAAGCGUCUCAAUCGAAAGCUGGAAAAUGGAAAGCCCGUGGCGGUCAAAGUAGCCAGAUACCUCACUAACAGCAUGCGUUCGAGGAAACAAAUCAAAAAUACAACCAAGGAGCUACAUACUUGGGCUAGAUGUCAACACCCGAAUAUACUGCCGUUGCUUGGGAUAGUCGAGUUUCAAGAUCAGAUCGCUAUGGUCUCUCCAUGGAUGGACAACGGAGAUCUUCGUACUUAUCUUUUAGGAAACCCCAAGGCUGAUCGUUGCCAGCUGUGUUAUGAUAUAUGUGAAGGACUGGUUUAUUUACACAAUAUGAAUAUUAUUCACGGAGACCUCAAGGGAGGUAACGUUCUCAUAUCUGAUAACGGAGAGGCCAUGCUCAACGACUUUGGAAACUCUCUCAUCGAAGACAAUGCCAUGAGGUUCACGGCCACUACGCGUGACACCGCUUGCUCCUCACGAUGGGCGGCACCUGAAAUUCUCGAAGGAGCCCCAGUCAGCUAUCCAGCAGAUGUUUUCGCUCUAGGCAUGGUGGGUCGGAGUAUUCAAGAUCUGGAGGCCAUCACCGGUGAUAUACCGUACCGAGAGCUCGAAAGAGAACAGGCUGUCAUGGCGGCUAUCCUCUUCAAAAAGGCAAUCCCAAUACGACCAACUGCAUAUAUCCCUCACAAAAGUGCACACGGAGAUUUCCUUUGGGGCCUUUUUACCGGGUGUUGGGCGUACGAACCCAUUAAUAGACCACGCGCCGAAGAAGUGCGAGAUAUGUUCACUCUUCGGAGUGGGGCGAGAAACUCGAGCUGUGCUGGGGAUUCGACCAAACGUCCCUGGCGCAGCUUGCAUUCCAAUUCUGAUACUUUUUAUGGCUAUUCGCGCCAUACCCUCAUGUUUUUGAAGGAUGAACAUGUAGACAAUUAG